AUUUUAUUUUUAUGUAAAACCGAGUUAUUUCGGUAUAUUAUUAGUGCUGUGGGAAAUGGCAGCUUCAGAAGAAGCUCAGACUAACAGAUUAACGGAUAAAAACGAAGAAUUUAAUCAAAGUGUGAAAGAGCAAAGCUCAGCAGAUAAACAUGUAAAUAAUGGACCGCAAAAAUCCAGCGAAGGCAGCCAGACAGAGGAAGAAGGACGAGAAAUGUACGAGCAAACCCCUGAAGACUCGCAGGUGUACAGAGCCUCCUCACUGCCCCUCAUUCACAGUACAGAGAACAGUGUGAGACCUCAUCCUCUGAAUCUAAAUUGGGCCUUUGGAAUCAACAGCAGUCUUCCUGUGUUCAGCCUUCUGGAUCAGGACAGACUCGCCGUGCUCUACUGUUGUUCCCAUGUAGCUGUGAUAUAUGACCAUACGUCCAAUUCUCAGCAGUUGUUGCAGGGUCACUGCAGCUCCAUUUCCUGUGUGUGCGUGAGUGAGGACAGACGUUGGCUUGUGACCGCUACUAAAGGCCACGACAGCCUUGUGAUCAUAUGGGACUCGUACACAGGGAUCCCCGUGCACACGAUAUUUGAAUGCCAUUCUGAGGAUGGUGUAGCCGCUUUAGCCCUGUCCUCAGAUUCGAAAUAUCUAGUGACUGUCGGAGCUGGAACUGUGCAGAGAGUUUGUGUCUGGGACUGGACUAACAAGACAGACGGACCAGAAUGUCAGGUGGAUAUCAGCCCAGAGCUUGGUUGCCAGAAUCACAUCAUGUUCCACCCUACUGAUAACUCUCAGCUCCUCAGUAACAGUAAAAGCCAUGUUCUUUUCUACUCCUGGGAUAAGGGAAAUAUUAAUUAUUCAGCCCCAGAAAUAUCAGACCGGACCUUUAAUAAAGCUGUGGGUUCCUUCAGCCAGUCAGUCUUUCAUUUUGGAGGGACUCAGGCUCUCUCAGUUACGCUGGCAGGAAAGCUGGUCCUGUGGGAAGUGCAGAAAGGGCCUGGCGCAUGCCCGCCGCAGUCAGCGAAAGCCACCAAACUCAUUCCGCUGCAGACGGAUGGAAUUACAGUGAUGUGUUUGUGUGACAGCUUUAUUGUGACAGGGGACGUACGAGGACGUGUCACGUUCUACGACGAGAACUUCAGGCUCGUUUACUGCUACAGUGAAUUCAGCUCGGACCCCAUCGUCUCCAUUUCUUUCUCAAAGGAAAUUUGUUCUGGUAUCAGUGUGGAAAAUCAGGAAGACCGCACACUGAAUGCCAAGUCAUUAGUCAGUAGAAAUUUUGUCAUUUCUACUGCAAGCGCUGCUGUGAUUCAUGUGAAAGCACAAGGCUCUGUCGCCCAGACUCUACUGAAAGAACACUCUGAGUCACUGAGUGCAGUAGCUUGUCACCCCAAACAACCUUUAGUGGCCAUGGGCAGCCACAGUGGCAUCCUGAAGAUCUGGGACUAUGAGCGUAAAGUGGCCGUUCUUAGCAGAAUAUUCCAUACGGAAAAACGGAUCCAGUGCAUCACCUAUGAUCCUCAAGGCUUUUACCUGGCUGUGGGUUUUGCCAGCGGGACAGUGCAGGUUCUGGAUGCCUGCACUUUGCAGUCAGAAGGAGAGGAGGACUUUCACCUCAGUCAGGACAGCAUCACCCAUCUGACUUUCUCUCACAACUCCUCCUACCUGGCUACGGCGGACACCGGGAAGACUGUUAUGGUAUUUUAUUUGUGUAAGGAGGGCAGUCCACAUGUGUGGAAAUAUCUUGGGAAGCACCGCUCACACUACAAGUCUAUCCAGGACCUGAUGUUUGGGGUGAACCUGGACACCAACGAGCCACGUCUGCUUUCCCUGGGCAUGGAUCGCAGACUAGUUGAAUAUGACCUGCAGAACAGCAAGAAUGACGAGCUGUUCAUCCUCGGCUCAGAACGCAUCGAGCAGACCGCAGUACCAACCUGUAUGGCCUGGUAUCCUCCUCUAACCAUGGAGCACUUUUUAAUUACUGCUUCAGACCAUUACAAGAUGAAACUACUCAAUGCCACCACCAAAAUGUGCAGAAAAACUGUCCUCGGGCCUGCGUAUGGUUCCCCUGUGAAAAAGAUGCUAAUCCUUCCACCCUCUAAAGAUGGGGAUCCUAAUUCUCAUUACAUGGCUUACAUAACACAGGACAAGGUUGGUCUUCAGAUGUUUCCUCUUGAUGGGAACCCAUACAAGUCUUCAGCGCUGAUCUGUCACUCUAUGGGCGUCUCGAGUUUCGCUUGCUCUCAUGAUAACAGAUACAUUUUUACCGCUGGCGGAGAGGACAGGACCGUCUUUUCGUGGGAGAUCAGCCUUCCUGCAUUAGAGGCAGCCGCUGCUCUGGGAGGAAAAGACCCAAUUCCCUUUUACACCCUUUUAGAAGGUGGAAAAGAAGGAGAGCUUUUUAGGGCAAUCGAGGAUUUAUUUUACUACUGUCAGUUGCGCAAUCAGGGCAUUGACUCCAUGGAAACCAGACGAGUGUCUAAUCGCAUCCCUCUCUCUGAAGUUCCCGAUGUCAUCAGGGCACUUGGAUUUUAUCCAACAGAACAAGAGCUGGAAAACAUGCUGAACGAGGUCAAAUUCAGUCGUUAUGCAGAGACGGGAAAGUACACGACUGACGUCGACCUAGAUGAGUUCAUUAAGUUGUAUGUCAACCAUCGGCCAGUCUUCGGUAUCACCAGGAAAGAGCUCUACAACGUCUUCCAGGUUCUGGGCACACCAGAUGAAAACGGCAAACUGGUUAUUCCCCGAGAAGAGCUGCCGGAGUUACUACAAAGCAGGGGUGAACCCAUGACUGAGGAGGAGCUGGCGGGAUGCUUCAUGACAUUGUUGGGCUCCAGCACAGAUGGAGGAAGAUCUGAAGUGGAGAACUCUGAGUGUAAAGACUCUGAGCUACCGUUGGAAAGCAAGUUGCCUCCACACAUCACCUUGGAUACAUUGGCCACAGAAAUCCUAGGAUUUUCCAUAGGCACUGAGGAGCAUCCACCAGAGCCGCACUUACCGUCCUCCAUGACGUCUUAAGUCUCUUCUGAGACGCUUUUUCAUUAAACGUUUUAUUUAAAUCUA